AUGGUUGGGUGCUGUUUGUCAAACCUGAAGGCAACGCGAGCGAGGGACGUUCGGGAAGCAGCCGAGCCCAGUCUUCCGAAAGCUGGGUUGUACGCUUAUGGGGUGACUCACGGCCCCGUCGCCGACCCUAGCGGCCCCGUCGCCGCCCCUAUCGGCCCCGUCGCCGCCGCCAGCGGCCCCGUCGCCGCCCCUAACGGCCCCGUCGCCGCCCCUAUCGGCCCCGUCGCCGCCGCCAGCGGCCCCGUCGCCGACCCUAGCGGCCCCGUCGCCGCCUCUAUCGGCCCCGUCGCCGCCGCCAGCAGCCCCGUCGCCGACCCUAGCGGCCCCGUCGCCGCCUCUAUCGGCCCCGUCGCCGCCGCCAGCGGCCCCGUCUCCGCCCCUAACGGCCCCGUCGCCGCCCCUUUCAACCCCGUCGCCGCCUCCAGCGGCCCCGUCGCCGCCACUUGCGGCCCCGUCGCCGCCCCUUUCGGCCCUUCCUCGACCCUGCCCCGGCCCCGCCCCGGACAUGCUACGUCGCCAGUCGCGGCGCACCGGGGGCACGUGCACCGCCCCCCCCAUCUUUUCCCGUCGCCCGUCGCGGCUCCCUCGGGGGCACCUGGGGGAGGGGGGUAG